CUAUCGCAUUUAUAUAAACAGAGUGAGUGUUAGGGUUUUGUGCUUCACAAAGACAAGGGUUUGCUCUCUCGGCCGCUUUUAGCCUCACCCUUCAUCUCUCUGCAGAGCUCUCGAGCUCCUCUAAGUUUUCAGCCAUGGCCGUCGGCAAGAACAAGAGGAUUUCCAAGUCGAAGAAAGGAGGAAAGAAGAAAGCGGUUGAUCCGUUUGCCAAGAAGGAUUGGUAUGACAUCAAGGCCCCGAAACUGUUCAACAACACGAAUGUGGGCAAAACUCUUGUCUCCCGUACUCAGGGUACCAAGAUUGCUUCAGAAGGACUCAAGCAUAGAGUCUUUGAGGUAUCACUCGCUGACCUUCAGGGUGAUGAGGAGCAUGCUUACAGAAAGAUGCGGUUGAGAGCUGAAGAUGUCCAAGGGAAGACUGUUCUUACUAAUUUCUGGGGAAUGAACUUCACCACUGACAAGCUUAGGUCUUUGGUGCGCAAAUGGCAAACCUUGAUUGAAGCUCAUGUGGAUGUGAAGACCACCGACAACUAUACUCUAAGGAUGUUCUGCAUUGGCUUCACCAAGAGACGUCCAAAUCAGGUCAAGAGGACCUGCUAUGCACAGUCUAGCCAAGUCAGACAGAUUCGCCGUAAGAUGAGUGAGAUCAUGAUUGCCCAGGCAACAUCAAGUGAUCUUAAGGGCUUGGUCAACAAGUUCAUUGCUGAGAGUAUUGGUAAAGAGAUUGAGAAGGCAACAAUGAGCAUCUAUCCAUUGCAAAAUGUCUUCAUCAGGAAGGUGAAGAUCUUGAAGGCACCCAAGUUUGAUCUCACCAAGCUCAUGGAGGUUUAUGGUGGCGAAGAUGUUGGUGUGAAGGUUGAGAGGCCCACCGAAGAAGCAGCGCCUGAGGUGCAGCAAGAAAUUGUUGGUGCUUAAGUGCUGUCUCUGUUAUUUCCUUUUAAGUAGUAUUGUUCAAUUUAUGUUGUGAACUUAAAGAGACCAUAUUACUUGGUGCAUGUUUUGUUCUAGCUUUUUGAGAAGAUGAAAGUUGCUUGAUCGAAAUUUUGUGCUUUUAAUCUAAAUACUAAAUUUUGAGAA